UCGGUGGAAUAUCAGACUAUAGACUUGGAAAAAACUAAGUCGAUCGAAAUAUUCAUGCAAAACCUAUCAACAGAAAGCGUAUCCCAGGCCUUUUUGUGUUUUUAUUUUGGUAAAACAAUCAGAACAAAAUUUAAUCCGGUAAUAAGAUCGCCUUAAGACAAAAACCCACUAAGAAAUAGAUGCGCAAAGACCUGAAAUAGACUGGAAACCACUCCGAACAGAAGGAAAGUCUGGGGAAGAUGAACUACCAAGAUAUGUACGGCUUACAUUUCGAAUCGAAAAACGUUGGUACGGGCAGCAACUUUGAGUUCCGGUUCGCCGAUCCGGAGUCCAUUCCGAAUGCGGUGAGGCGCCACAACGCCUUGAGGGGCGCCGAGCUGGCCCAGCUGAAGCGCCAACGGGAAACGGGCCGAUCCCAUGUGCCCAGCAUGCCGCGCUUCUGCAAGGUGCGUCGCCCCGGCCAGGAUGUGACCAGCAUGGUGACCUCCCGCGACCUGGACGUGGUCACCCAGCUGUCCCUCGACGCGGAGCUCAUUUGCCUCGAAGAGGGGGACGAUGAUGGUAGUGGUGGCAAGGCCGCGAUACCCUCUUACCCAGCGUCACCGCGCCUCUGUGGUGGUGCUGAAUCCCCCAGGAAAACGAAGAGAAAAUCCAGGCAGGGCAGGAAGAAGAGUACCGCCGGAAGAUUGCCCAGAAGUCGUCAUGUGGAGGCCGUGCACAGUGGCCACACCUUCGAGAGGCUGGAGGAGCUGCACCGGGAGGUCUGCGCGGAGCUGCAGAGCCUGGGUGGUGAGUCUUGCCCACCUAGUCCGGAGGCCACACCGCGACCACCAAGUCCAAGGAGGAGGAGCUGGGCUGGGAGGAGGCGGCAAGGGCAGCAGCAGCAGAGGAAGCCCCCCCAGGAGGCGGAAGCGGGCGAUAGCUCCCUGGCCGAUGUGGGCCAGGUGUCCUACGAGGACUACUACAAGCCGCAGCCCAUGUGGGCGGACGUCAUGCCCUCGGCGAUGAUGUCGCAGGCCAUCAAGGUGAAUGUGUGCCAGGCCCAGAACGCCACGCCCCUCUCCGCCUACCAGUUCAUGGAGCAGCACGGCAGCGUGGAGCCCGAGCCACUGACCCCCUUCUUCCUGGAGGACAGCGAUCUGGAGCACGAGUACGCGGAUCGGCAGGGCUACCUGCGCUACGUGGAGCCACGACCCGCCUACGAGCCCACUGACUCGGAAGAUCGCGACCCGGCCAGGAACAAUCCCGACCAGCCGUGCUUCGUGGAGCUGGAGAGGCGACCGCACCGGAUCAGCCUGCUCAGGAGCCUCUCGCCCAUGCGGUACACCUCGCAGAGAUCGGAGGUGGAGGACCAGGUGGUGCCCCAGGAGGCGCACAAGCCAUUGUACUCCAGGAGGGGCACAAGACAGCCGGUGGUGGUUGGGGGCCAGAAACCCAGCAAGUUCCGCAGAUCCAAUGUGGUGGCCAAGGGAAGUCAGAAAGCCUCCAAUCCAAGGACCCGACGUCCUGCACGGGUGACAGGCGGAGGCGAUGAGGUGGCUCCAAGCCCACUGAACCCACCAAAUCCACCCAAUCCCUUCAAGGAGGCAGUGGCCCCGGCCAACAAGCGUCGCAAGCCCAAACCCCUGGUGGUCUACAGCAAAUCCCUGGAGGAUCUCAAGUACGAGAAGCUGGGCAUCUACAACAAGAUCACGCUCACCCAGGAGCGGAUCAUCAGCGCGCUAGACAAGCUGCAGAACAGCCUGCUGCAGCUGCAGGUGCCCCACUGCAGUGCCCAGGAGCGCCAGAAGCGCCAGCGGAACGCCUUCGAGUUCUGCGUCCGCUUCUCGAGGAACUUCCUCUACCCGCUGAAGGGCAUGAUCGACGAUGUGCGCUUCACGUCGGUGGCCAGCUUCAACAGCGCCACCUCCAACGAGGCCUGCCAGCGGGUCGUCUGCGUCUACGGCCUGAUGCAGCAGUCCAUCCAGGCCUAUCAGCGACAGCUGCGCUACUUCCUGCUCGAGAAGGUGCCCCAGAAGCUGAGCGCCCUCAUCGAGAUGAUCUACACGAUGACCAACUGCUGCCUGGACAAGGGCAUGCUGGACCGCCACGAUCCGGUGGUGGAGUGCCUGCAGGAGCGCUGCACCCGGUUCCUCAGCUUCAUCGAGGACAUGCAGGAGGAGCGCUUCAAGUUGGCUCGCGAGGCGUUGCGGCGUCUGCACAAGCAUCAGGGCGGCCACCAUCACCAGGGCCACCAGGUGACCAGCAGCACCACCAAAAAGAGGAAGAAACUAGCGAAUCCCCCGCGGGCACCCACUCAGCCCAGGCAGGAGAAGCUGCGCUGCCACGAGCGCUACGACCUCAAGAUGUGCCUCAACGAUCUCAAGCUGUACGAGCCGCGGCUGGUGCCCAAGGAGCGCCAGCAGGCGGAGAAGCGCCAUCGGGUGCGCCGUCCGAGGAACUCUCCAAAUGUGACCACCGCAGCAACGGGAGCUGCCACGACCGGUGCAGUGGAACUGGCCUGCGACCUGGAAGCACAAUCCCUAGGCGGCGACGAUAUGCAAACCCAGAUACAGAUGGCCGGCGAUGGGAUCACCACCACCAGUUCGCUGAGCCUGCUGCCCAUUGUGGGCCACGGAGAUGGGGGCCAGGCGAUGGGGGACGCUGCCACCCAGCAGGGCAUUGACGAGGAGCAACUGCAUCGCGCCCUGCUGGACGCCCUGCACCUGGUGUCCCGCUCGCAGGUGCAACAGGUGCUCGAUCCGCUGAUGCGAUCCCUGGGCGUCAUCCUGGGCGAGAAGCUGGCCGAGGGCGGAGGGGUCCACCAAGGCCAGUAGGCUCCGCCAUCCAUGCACCCAUUCGGCACCUGGACACCGUCCCAAAUUGUUAGCCUUCCAAAUUGUUCAAUCAUUUUCCCCACUGGUCCUCAGCAACCAUAAAGCUAAAUUGUCAAGUAUUGGUAGUGCAAAUAAAGUGCUCUUUCGAACGAAUAUCUAAAAUAAAGCCCAGCAUGGGGCAACAGUAUG